AUGUUGGCUAAGCAAAGAAAGAAGAUUGGUAAUUUGAAAGAGAGUCACUAUCCAGAAGUCAAGGAAGCAUGGAGAGAAAUGGAAGACCAAUUGGGAUUGUCUAAGUUGCAAAAAUUGAUUGAUAAGUACAAUGAAAAAUUUGUAGUGAAGUCAGACCGCUUACACAACCGAGUUAAUCAGCAGGUGUUUGAUAAAGACUUGCAAUUUGAAGUUGUAUCAAAUGAAAAGUUUAGAGAUCAUUCAUUAAGAAUUAAGGAAAGUAAUCCUGAGAUUUUGGGAUUGGAUUCUGUUAAUCAAUAUACUGGUUAUUUAGAUAUUGCUAAACAAGGGAAACACUUGUUUUACUGGUUAUUUGAGUCAAGAAACGAUCCCGAGAAUGACCCAGUCAUCUUGUGGUUGAACGGUGGCCCAGGCUGUUCCUCGGCUACCGGGUUGUUUUUUGAAUUGGGUCCUUCACUGAUUAAUUCUACCAUUCAACCGGUUUAUAAUCCAUAUUCUUGGAACUCCAAUGCUACAGUCAUCUUUUUGGAUCAACCGGUAGGAGUUGGUUAUUCUUACACUGAAGGUGAAGAAAUUAAGAAUACUGCAUCUGCUGCUAAAGAUGUUUAUAUCUUUUUAGAGUUAUUUUAUCAAAAAUUCCCCCAAUUUUUGAAAAACAAAUUCCAUAUCGCUGGUGAAUCUUAUGCUGGUCAUUAUAUUCCAAGUUUUGCUGCUGAAAUUAUUAAUAACGCUGAUAGGUCUUUUGAAUUAUCUUCUGUUUUAAUUGGUAAUGGUAUCACUGAUCCUUUGAUUCAAUACGGUGCUUAUAAACCAAUGGGUUGUGGUGAAGGUGGUUAUAAACCAGUUUUGGAAGAAGAAACUUGUGAAAAGAUGGAUAGAGAUUAUCCAAAAUGUGCCACUUUAACCGACAUUUGUUAUAAAGCACCAAGUGCAAUCACUUGUGUUCCAGCUACAUAUUAUUGUGAAAGUGCCUUAUUUGGCCCUUAUUCUGAUACUGGAUUAAAUCCUUAUGAUAUUAGAAAAAACUGUGAAGACGAAGGCGGUAAUUGUUAUAAAGAAAUGGAUUACUUGGAUGAUUAUUUGAAUUUAGAUUACGUUAAAGAAGCUGUUGGUGCUUCUAAUAUUGAUAUCUUCACUAGUUGUGAUGAUAUUGUAUUUAGAAACUUUAUCUUAAAUGGUGAUGAACAAAAACCAUUUCAAGAUUUUGUCAGUGAAUUAUUGGAAUAUAACAUUCCUGUUUUAAUUUAUGCUGGUGAUAAAGAUUACAUUUGUAAUUGGUUGGGUAAUCACUACUGGACCGAUUCUCUUGAUUACGAAGAUCAUGAAUUUUUUGAAAAAGUUCCAUUAAGACCUUGGUAUACUAAAGAUGGCAAAUUGGCCGGGGAAGUUAAGAAUUAUAAACACUUUACUUUCUUAAGAGUUUACGAUGCUGGCCAUAUGGUUCCUUUUGACCAACCAGAAAACUCUUUGGACAUGGUUAACAGAUGGAUCCAAGGUGAAUAUUCUUACGGUUAUUGA